GAUCCAGCAGUGAGCUGCUCUGUGAGCAGACAACGCCAAUUACAUGCCAUCGGGCAACACGUCAAUCUCUAAACGGCUUAUAACUUUAAUUUAUGUUAAUUAAUGAUGAAAUAGCUUAACUGCAACGCCCCAGCUCUAUUUGAAAAAGCCUCAAGUGGGACACUUGGUUAUGGUCAUAUUGGUUCCAGAAUGCACUAGCUCUUGGUGCAGAUGCCAUCUUUUUGCGGCGUCUGCCAGUUUAUUGUGUUCAUCAUGGCGUCCACGGAAUCCCUGAUAUGUGAUACUCUCGACUUGAGUGGUCAAGGGCUGAAAAAAUUGAGCAGAUGCCCUUCGGAUGCUGACAUCAGUACCUUAAUUGUUGAUGAUAAUGAACUACAGCGACUGGACAAUCUUGAUUCGUACAACAAAAUCACAAAGUUGUCAAUUGUAAGAAACCAACUAUUACGUAUGUAUGGAGUAUCUAAACUCCAUAAUCUUGUAACAUUGAAUCUUGCCAACAAUGGUAUUCUUACAAUAGAAGGAAUCAAAGAUAUGACUAACUUACAGACCCUCUGUCUGGCUGGAAACAACAUAAAGUCCAUCGAACAUUUACACACAAAUACAAAAUUGGAGCACCUAGAUCUAUCUGAGAACAGUAUAAGCCAUUUGUCAGAUAUUUCUUAUUUACGCUGCUUGAAGGAACUAUUUUUGCACAAUAAUCGUAUAGUGACAUUACGACAGUGCGAACGGUACUUACCUGGAUGUUUAGAAACUUUGACACUGGCUAACAAUAAUAUAACGGAUCUGAACGAAAUGUCACACUUAGGAAAUUUAACAAAUUUAGUAAAUUUCUCAAUCGCUAACAACCCAUGUGUCAGUAUAACAGGUAAUAGUAUUGGAUUCGACUAUCGCCCAUUUGUUAUCAAUUGGUGUAUGAGCCUAAAGUCGAUCGAUGGCUAUGCUGUAGAUCCAAUUGAAAGCCUGAAAGCGGAGUGGCUUUAUUCGCAGGGGCGAGGCAGGCAGUUCCGCAUUGGUGAACAUACAUUACUGGCCCAUUACCUUGCCUCAGUUUGCCCCCUAUCGGGUGAGUCUCUAGAAAAUGAAUCAGACCGCAAACUGAGAUUAAUUCUGAGCAAAGCACAGCACCAUCAGCAGCAGUUGAACCAACAAAGUGAUACGGGGAGUGUGCACAGCCUAAGUAGCGUUGGAAUGAGCCCAUCACCAGCAGCUAGACGAAGACUGAGUACAAACAGGACAAGCUCUCCAAGACGACCUAUUGCACCCAUGUUGUCAUAUUAUGAGGAAAAGAACGUACAGUCACCAAAGUUUUACGACGCAAAAUUUUGUGCCUGUUAUUCUCCUUGCAAAGGUUCAUCACGAAACUCAAUGAGAAUAAGAUCACCAGAUCGAAUAUUACCCAGCUGCCAUCCUGAUCCAAUGGUAGCAUCUUGUCAUGGUCCCAACGUUACAUCUAGUAGCUGUCACUCGCUUUUAGGAGGAGACGAUGUAUUAAUGACGCAAAGUUUAGAUCCCAAUAUGCUCAGCAGUAGUCUAAGCUAUAAAUUAUCACACCAGGAAGGAGCUCCGCUGCAAGAUGUGGAAGAAACCUCAAGUCCGUUGCAAGCUGCAACAAAGUUGGUACCAGUUCCAGAAUCACUCAUGAGUCCGGAUUUCAGACCCCCAUCUGGCCUUUCACGUAUUUUACCAAAAACUCCUCCUAGUAAACUAAGUUCUCCUAUUCAGACCACAAUUCCUGCUAAACUUUGUCCCGAUAACACUGCCAAAGUAGUGUCAGUCACAAGUACACCUAAUCCUAUAGCAAAAACAAAUUUAGGGCUUCUGAAAUCCAAUGUCCUGGUCAAAAGUAACUCUGCGUCAAAUUGCACUACUGGCAAAUCUAACAUCUCGAAAACCAUUAUGACAAACGCUAACGGAAAAUAUCCGCAUAGUGUUAAGAUCAACAACUACGUUCAAAGUAAAACUUUACCGAUUAAGAAGAAUAUGAAAAGUUCACCAAAUUUGAGCAGAAGUAUCAAUAGGCCCAAAAGUGCUACAGAAAAAGGGCGGUCUAAUUUGGGUAGACGAGGAAAAGAUGGAGAUGGAGACAACAACAUCACAAUGAGUAGCGACGAAGAUAGUGAAGUUUGUCAAGCAAAGUUAGAUGGAAUUCGGCAUCGAGCUAAUCAGCGACGUCAAGAAGAUACAAACAAGGAAGAUCAAACAGAAAAGGCAGCUAUUUGCAUACAAAGAUUGUGGCGAGGCUACCGUACCCGUAAUUUGAAUAAAAAGGCAACUAACAUAUUAAAAAGUAUUGAAAUGAUGAGAACAAAUAAAUACAUUCAAAAAUUAUCAACUGAUAUGGAAGCCACUAGAACAGCUUUGGAAAGUGAACAUAAGUUACAACUUUUACAAAUGCAAGCAAUAAAUGCGCUUUGGAAAAAAGUAGUCAGUCUUCAGCCCGGGGGUGUUGCUACUGGAGAUGGCGAAGGAAAUUCACACGCUAAUACAGAAGUUGUCAACAAUCUUGCUCAAACAUGUACUUUGCUACAUUCACAGGUACAACAAUUACAAGAUUCUAUGUCAGAGAUCAAACGCUGCAUGUCAAACAUGCAACCUAAGUCUAUCCCAUUUGAUCAUGGCGUAGGGACUCAAACUGAAAUAUCCGCAGUUCACACACCUGCAGGUGAAGCCAAUACUUUUCCUUAUGCAAGGGCCAACAGACCACAAUCUUUACCAAUCCAGCAAACCAUACAUGAAGGAAGUGAGAAUAAGAGUUUUGCAUCAAAUUUGGUGGACAGCGUACUGAAGAAAGUUUCACAAUCAACAGACACAACUGACGACGAAAUAAACACAGACAUUUUAAAUUCAAACGAAAAUCCAGACUUUCUCAAUUCUAAUGAAAAUCCUGAUGUAUUCAAAAGCUGUGAAGAAAUAAUGGAAAAUGAGUACAAGGAUAUGGAGAGGGAGGUGGAAAUCGAAUACAAAGAUGUUAUCAAAGAGUCUACUAUUGAUGGCGAAGUUUGCGAAGAAACUUUAUGCAAAGAAUUGCAUAGUCUCAUUAAAACGGAGAGUAGACGAGAAAGCGAUGCGAAUAGCGAAAAAGAAAAAGAUUCUGAAGAGCAUAGUAGCUUGAAUUGUCCAGUCGAAUAAAUUUAUCGCGUGAAGAAAAAAAUGAGGUGAGAUCAUCAUGAUGGUAUUUUAGUGACAAAACUCCGCAAACUGGUACAAAUUUUGAUAUUAAUUUGUGCCAAGUGUGAAACUGACAUUCAGAAGCAGCAGCAUAACGUUAUAAUUUACUAAUCAUAUUGUCAUACACUGCUUUCUGCGAAAAUAAAACAUCUACCAUUUUGGUGAAUUUGCACGAAGCACCAUAAUGGUGAAAAGAUGAAAGAGAAACGAUAUUUUCUCGCAUUAGCCGUAUGGAAAAAUAAUAACCACAGAAUUUUUAACACCAGAUUUGCUAUAUUUUAUGCUUGCGCAAAAACGCCUACUUGUACAUAAUGCCCAUAUACACCAAAAGUAACUUUACCAAAGAGAAAUAGAUAUUACCUAUAUAUAAGUAACUUAAGGAAUCUUGCGAAAAAUUUGAACUAUAAUUUUCAGUUAAUUAAGAUGAAAAGCAAACAAAAAUUCUUAGCAUUUGGAAAUUUGAAUGUCAAAAUACCGCGAAAGUGAAUACGACGGAUGAACAGACAUAAGAGUCUGUUAACUCAUAUUUUCAUUGUUUGCUCUCCUUUCGAAUUAUUCAAAUUCAUUCAGCGUACUCGUCAUAUGAUGAAUGAUCGCUCGGAAAAAAGAAGUUGCUCUGAUUUCCAGAAAAACUACUCAAACCAAUUUUAAAUGUAGGAAAUCUGAGAUACGUCCAAAAAUCUAAUUAUUAAGCAAUUCGAUCUGGUUUGACAACUCUUGCAUCUCAUCUAGUAAUUUCAAGGUCGAUCUAGAGUUUAAUAAUCGAUUGAUCAAGUAAAGUGCAUGGGAUAUUACUGGUCUUAAGUCGAUAAUAUUCACAAUUGUAAUUGUUUUAAAAACAUACUGUAUCUAAUUCCGUUACCAAAACAGCUUGUAUAAAUACUAGCAAUCAUGGUGCAGGAUUUUCGUGAUUCGGCACUUGCUAAUUAAAACUUUUGGAAAUUAUCCUCGACCCUAGUCAAUACUUUAGCUUCUAUACGCUUGAGCGUACUAUUAAUCUCAUAGACAUUGUUACAAAGUUACUGUUUGAUGUGGUAAAUGCUGCAAAUCGAAUCUAGUGACACUGUGUAUUUCUCACAAAAUGGGAAUAGCUCCUGAUAUUUCGUAUAACGAUGAGACGUCCGAUUAAUUCAGUACAGAAAUAAAGUAUUUUCUAUAAAACUUUGUCAAUAAUUCUUCAGAAUGAUUUUUAUGAUUCGUCUGGCAAUACGUAAAAAUUAUUAUGCAUUAGAAAGUAAACUGAUACACAUGAGUUACUCGAUUUGAAGGGCAAUAAAAUUGUUGAAUCUUAGCUCUUUCAGCUAGUUGUCGACAUCUUUAUCCGGUAGACUACCACGUUACCUCCAGGUAAUUAGUAAUUUGUCAUAGGAAACUAGUGAUACAUUAAGUUAUGGAAAUAUACCUAAUUUAUUUCUCCCAAGGAUCAUAGCAAAUAAUAUUAUUCGUACACUUCUUUAGUGACAUGGUUAUAUUCUCCAAGAUUCCAACAUUUUUGUAACGUUUUGUUGAAAAUCAUCAUAUGUUUAUGCUAUGUUUAAAUACGGUAGAAAAACGUGUAGAGAUAAUUACCAAUUUGACAUAAAAAUCUCACAAGUUGAAAUAAGACCAUGAAAAUUAAGUCUCAGAUAACUGCCAUAUGAGAUAGAUUCUCGAAUAAUGUAUCUUAUAACAUGUAUGAAAGUUCUGAACUCAUGACGCUUGUCUACAAAAUUGUUAAAAUAUUUAUCCAAUGUGCAGGAAUGCAUCUGAAACUGGCUACUAGAUACAAUAUCGUGCGUUUAUUACAUCCAAUACACUUAUAUGAGGCAAAGUUGCGGAUGGCAGUUAAAGGAUACUGCGAUUUAUCAUUAUUUUGUCCAAGAUCUGUAAAUGCGAUGAAAUUGAAGAGUCUAAAUUCCCUUCAUGAUUCUGAAACUAUACAUUCAUUGCUUGGUAAAGUUUCAAAAGCUUCGUUUUUAGUAUAUUUAGGGAAGCUAAUUACAAAUAUGAUUGCUUUAGACAAAACAUAGAUGUUGAGUAAGCUAUGCAAACUAACAGUAAUACCUACAGUGUGAUAAGAAGUAUAGGUUCGUUUCGGAAAUUGGAAUGUAAUCCAGAAUAGAAAUUUUCCGUUACGAAAAUACUACCAUACAAAUGUAAUACUCCGUGAUAGAAAACUUUAAUCAGUUCUGGAUGAAACAUGUAGAGAAAACCCCGUUAAAAAUGUACAAUAAUUUUUAUUAAUCAUUUCAGUAGUUAGUGAUACUAGAAGGUCUGUAUGAAUCAGAUAAUUUUGAUCAUGGAUAAUUUUUUUCUGUGAAGAAGCCACUAUCCAUCAUGGCAUAGGUAAAUUAUUUUCCAUAUUAAGGGGAAAUACACCAUUGUUUAAUAAUUAUAGUUUCUUGGGAAAAAUAUCCACCAUUACGCUAACCAUUACACUUGUGUCUUCGACUGAAUUAAAUCAAAAAUCCAAUUGGUAACCAGAUUACUAUGUAAUAUCAUAUAUAUCUAAUUCAUACAGACAAAAUAUACAGACAAUGAUUCCAUAUAUGCACAAACGGCACGUUCACGAGCAAAUAAAUACAUAAUAUAAUCACUUU